AUGUUUCUUCGUGCAGGAAUGAUGCUGCUGUUAGCCUUCGUGACCAUGGCAAUGGUUUCGGGUGUGCCAGUCGAUGAGGGACCGAGGAGAGGUCCGAUAAUUAUUGACGCCCAAUUAGCAGAGGCAGCAGCUAGACGUGCUUCGCUGUAUGAAGAUGCGAUCAAACAGCAGAAUGACCCUGAAGAAAUUACCAAUACGCCUGGUGCUGUUCCGGCCACUGAAGAGCCAGAUCCAACUACGACCGAAGACCCUAAUGAGAUCACUACUACAACCCUUGAACCAACCACGACAGAAACGGUUACCGAGUCUACUACCGAAACGGUUACCGAACCAACAACAACCACAACCGUCGAUUCUACUACCGAAACGGUUACCGAACCAACAACGACAACAACUGCUGCAUCCACUACUAUAACCGAACCAACAACGACGACCGAGGUGACCACUACAACGUCGGAAGCAUCCACUACCGUUACCGAACCAACAACAACCGCCACCGUUACUUUGCCGACAACAACCACCGUGGCUACAACAACCGUUACCGAACCCUCGUCCACCGUGUCCGAGACUACUACGGUUGCUACUACCACCGAAGUGUCGUCCACAGUGUCUGAGACAACUUCUACCGAAUCUGCCACAACCACCACAACGACCGAUUCACCAGUAACGGACGAAAUAACGACCACUACGCUCGAGCCGGAAACGACCACACAAGGAGCUAGCUCGGUGACAUCACUCGGUAUUGCACUGCUAACAUCCCUAGCACUGACGAAUAUCCUUCGAGUACACUAG